CCUUCCGAUGACUGACGAUCCCGCAAUGGAAUGUUCCAUGUUGCCCUGAAUGGCGCCGAAUGGGACUCGAAACUCCCCGAAAUCGACCCAUUCCAGACGUUUCCCGACUUGAAUGGCCUGCUUCCCUCCUAUCGACACGAGCAAUCACAACAGCAACCGGUGAACCUUCGAUAUUGCGACAAGACUUGCUCCAUCCAUCCAUCUGUCCUGGAGACUCUGCUCGAAAAUCGCCAGCAUCCAAGCAAGACGCCUCCAUGGUCCAUCGUUGACGGAUGGAUGGAUUCGCGUCAUCGUACAGCCGCUGUCAACCAAGAUGUGUCUUGUCAACUGGGAUUCCCCGACGGUGUUACUCACGGACCCAGUCAAAGAAUCUAAAGAGAAGUACAACCAGAGCUCUCUCAUAUAAGUCUGAGAACAGCCCUCAAUAAGCACAUACGACCAUACCCACUGGAAAACUCGGGAUCCCGUCCGCUCUCCCAUAGAUAAGCCAGUGAGGGCCAGACUAGUAGUUGGGUCGGUGACGACCAGCGAAUCCCUGGUGUUCCGGUUGGUUUUUCUGGAAUGCAGUUUGUCCACUUUACUGCCACGAUCAAUCUGUCCAAGGAACUUGCAUUGUAUUUGUUUUUUUUUUUCAAAUCUGACGUUCUUGCAAG